AUGUUUGAUUUUUUCAAUUUUAACCAGGGUGGUGGGGGCGGCGGUGGUCAGCAGGCCAGAUCACCACAAGACAACGAAAAUGUGCUCUUAAAUACGAGAUGUGAGAAAUACUUGUGUCCAGACACUGGAGUCUGUGCCAAGUCUCCUAGAUUCUGUCCUUGUCCAUUCCCAUCCUCGCAGUUGAAAUGUCCUUUGCCUAAUGGAAACUAUAUUUGUGUUUCAAAACCUGCUGGCGAAGAAAUUGCUGAUAAAUAUAGUGAUCCAAAUACAAACUGGAAGAUUGAUGCUAAGAACAAUGAUAUACGAGAUUGUGGAUGGGUGAAUCGAGCUUAUAAAGGGCUUGUAUAG